CAAAUGGAUCUGAAAGAACAGUCAGAUAAAACAACGCAAGGGCAAGUGGGCCUACUGUUCUUCAUCGCGUUGCUUUCAUUCGGUACUGCGGCCGGGCAAGUCAGUUACUCUAUUCCUGAGGAAAUGAAAGUAGGCUCUCUGGUUGGAAAUGUAGCUCAAGAUAUAGGGUUGGAAUUAAAAAGGCUGGUAUUCGGGAAAGCACGCAUUCAUUCUACGGAUGGCUUAGCGUACAUUGAGCUGAAUAAAGAAAGAGGAGCGCUCGUCAUCAGAGACAGAAUAGACCGAGAGGCGCUCUGUGGCGAGACGACGCCGUGCGCAUUACAUUUUCAACUGAUAUUAGAAAAUCCGAUGGAAUUGUUUCGUAUAGCUGUGGAAAUCAUAGACAUAAACGACAACACUCCCAGCUUUGCAUCAAAUGAGAAACGUUUUGAAAUCAGUGAGUCUGCAGUCGUUGGAUCUAAAUUCGUUUUAGUGGAAGCAAUUGAUUUGGAUAUUGGUUCAAAUGGCCUUCAAAGUUACUCUAUUACUCCGACAGAUAAUUUCGUAUUGAAAUUAGAAAAACAAAUCGAUGGAAGUAAAAAGGUAGAAAUGAUUUUACAGAAGCCAUUAGAUCGGGAGAAUAGCGAGCAGAUUUCGCUGCUGUUGUCUGCCUUCGACGGAGGAGAUCCACAAAUGUCAGGGACAAUGCAGAUACACGUCACUGUGUUAGACGCAAAUGAUAAUUCUCCACAUUUUACAAAGCCGGUGUACAAGGCGACCUUAACGGAGAAUUCUCCGAAAGGAACAAGUGUAAUGACAGUGAGCGCAUCUGACAAAGACAAAGGCUCUAACGGAGAAAUAUCAUUUGCAAUAACCAAUAGCAAGCGUCGCUUUUCUGAAUUAUUCAAGAUUGAUCAAACAAGCGGGGAGGUUACUCUAGUCGGUAACAUAGACUACGAGAAGAAUAAACACUAUCAGGUAGAUAUAGAAGCAAUAGACAAAGGCGGUCUAUCCGAUUCCAGCAAGAUCAUAGUUGACGUCAUCGACGUGAACGACAACAGACCUCUGAUAAACGUUCUCUCUAAAUCCGACAAUAUAAUAGAGGACUCUCCUCCAGACACGGUGAUCGCCAUGCUGAGCGUCAGUGAUCCGGAUUCUGCAGAGAAUGGUGAGGUUGAGUGCAGUAUGAUCAGUAGCAUCCCGUUUAAAAUACAGUCUACAUUAAAUGGGUUUUAUAGUCUAGUUACGGACGUUGCGUUGGACCGGGAGGUCGCCUCUUAUUAUAACGUGAGUAUGACGUGUUCGGAUAAGGGCGUUCCCUCGCUCUCCAGCAGUAUCACUCUCGCACUUCAGAUUACAGACGUGAAUGAUAACCAGCCCCUGUUUGAGAACACCUCAUAUGAGGCAAAUGUUGUAGAAAACAACCCGUCGGGUACUUCAGUAUUGAUGAUUAAAGCCAUUGAUGCGGACUGGAACCAAAAUGCCCGCGUGUCUUACAUACUGGAAGACUCCUCUAUUAACGGUGUGCCCGUCUCCUCUUAUGUGUCUGUUAGUGCUGACAGUGGAGUUAUUCAUGCAGUCCGCUCUUUUGACUACGAGCAGAUUAGAGACUUUCAGUUUUGUGUUAAAGCUCAAGAUGGAGGCUCUCCUCCCCUUAGUAGUAAUGUGAGUGUGAAAAUACUGAUCCAGGACCAGAACGACAACGCCCCUCAGGUUCUGUAUCCAGUCCAGACUGGUGGUUCUCUGGUGGCUGAAAUGGUGCCUCGUUCAGCAGAUGUGGGCUAUCUGGUCACCAAAGUGGUGGCUGUUGAUGUGGACUCUGGACAGAAUGCCUGGCUCUCCUAUAAACUACAGAAAGCCACAGACAGGGCACUGUUUGAAGUGGGCUUACAGAAUGGAGAAAUAAGAACUAUCCGCCAAGUCACUGAUAAAGAUGCUGUGAAACAAAGACUGACUGUUAUAGUGGAGGACAACGGACAGCCCGCUCGUUCAGCUACAGUCAUUGUUAACGUGGCGGUGGCAGACAGCUUCCCUGAAGUGCUCUCGGAGUUCACUGACUUUACUCACGACAAGGAGUACAAUGACAACCUGACUUUUUACUUGGUCUUGGCUUUGGCUGUGGUUUCCUUUCUCUUCAUCACGUGUUUAGUGGUGAUCAUAUCAGUGAAAAUCUACAGAUGGAGACAGUCUCGUAUCCUGUAUCAUUCCAGUCUCCCGGUGAUCCCAUAUUAUCCACCACGGUACUCAGACACUUUGGGGACAGGGACUCUCCAGCACGUGUACAAUUACGAGGUGUGCAGGACCACUGACUCCAGGAAGAGUGACUGUAAGGUCGGCAACGCUGGUAGUCAGAACGUUCUGAUAAUGGACCCCAGUUCUACAGGGACCAUGCAGCGAAUACAGAGUGAAAAGAGCAUCCUGGAUGAACCAGACUCUCCACUGGAGGUUAGAAAUCACUGACAGAAUGUUCUAUUUUGUAUUAAUCGUUUUUUUCCCUCUUCUCUAGCACCAUGGACAGCUCCCAUGUUGACGUUAUGACUCAAUAGGCAAUUUCGAACUUGCUAACUGGAUACUUCAUUCAGCUGCAGUACUUUUUAAUUACUGAAUUCAUGCUUCACAUUAUCUCAAGAUAUAUUUCAGUUAUAAACGUAUGUCUAAGAAUUCAAGUCUACAUGGACCAUGUGUUUCUCGAAUACAAUGUUGUCUUAAUUGAAUUUAUGUUAAUUAUUAGGCCUAUGACCUGCGUUAACUACCCCACUUUAUUAUUUAUUUAAAUGCAUUGUAAUUUUGCCGUUUGGACUCUGAGGGCCGCUAUAGGCCAGAAUGUCCCAGUUAAAGGCCAUCUUGCGCAGUA